AUGAUACUCUCCGAACCAACGACUUUCAAAGGUGGGCCAACUUUUCUUCUUACAAAAGAAGAAGAUGCUGAAUUGGCUGCUCCAUUCCGCCUUGCUCUUGUAGGAAAGUUUACUAAAGGCCGGUCAAAAAUGGAAUUUAUGAGAAGAGAAUUCCAGACUAUCGGCUUCAAAGGAAGUUUUUCUCUUGGAUCAAUUGAUUACCGACACAUCCUCAUUCGCUUUGAACUAGAGGAAGAUUUUCACCGUUGCUGGCCCAAAAGAGAAAAAUCAUCUUCCCCUCAAUUCUUACCGCCGAUCUCAGAGCGAAUCAAUGAAGUGAAUGUUCAACAAAUCAACGACGCUCAACAAGUCUCUACAGCCCAGGAAGGCGCUGAAGAUUCGCUUGGGGUGCAUCAGGCCGUUGAAACUUCGACUCAACUCAACGCCGCGACCGAAACUUUUGGUGCCGCCGCUGCUGCUGCUCAACUGGUUUCUAUUGUUGCUGAUAAUCUGAUGAUUGGAACUGAAAAAUCCAUAUCGAUUCGGUCUUCUUCGAUGGCUGCUACAUCGUCAAAGGUGGAACGGCGGCGAGAAUCUCCGAUGACAGCCGGCAAACUCUCGAAUAUUACGCCCUUGGAACAGAAUCCCGUUGAUGCGCAGUCCACGCCCAAGAUGUGUGGAAUCUCCAGCCAAACUGAUUCAAUUUCAAAUCUCCAAGGUCGUCCAGGUUUGAAUCCGGAACUGACUCCAUCUUUUCCUUGUUCAAGUGAGGAACAAGGUGAGCAGACUCCCGUGAUCUCAGCGCCAAUUGUGCAUAAGACUCUUCAAAACUCAAGUGAGGAAAAGUCAACAUCAAAUAACUCUUCUGUAUCCGGCUCUUCUCUCUCAAAUAAGGAAGGUAUCUCUUCCUCAAAUAACUCUUUUAACAGCCCCAUUAAAAAGUUAAAUCCUGAAGCCUCAGAAUUUACCAUCUCUCCUCAGCCUCUUUUACAAGUUUUACUGCCCAUUACGGUUGCAAAAUCGUACUUUUCCAAGGAUGAUACUAAAAUCGAGAAGAACACUGAGACUUUUAUUCCAAAUUAUUCGAUUGAAGAAAUAAAUUCUGAAGGUGGACUAAAUCAUGCUUCUGAAGAUGACGACUUUGAUAUGGAAUAUGCAAAGGAACAAGAGUCUUUUUACAGUGAAGUUUCUGCUCCAACGUAUCACAAUCGAUCGAAAAAAGCCAAGGCUAAAAAGAGCGUUCAAGUUCGUCGCUCUGCUAAAUUGAACAAGGAUUCAACUUUAUUUUAA